UGGCUCAUUACGUCAAUGAGCUGGGAAACCCUCUCUCUCCCACCUCUGCUAGCAUGAAACAGUAUCAGGCCUGAAGAAUCAAGCCUAGUUUGACUCUGGCUCAAACUAUUAUUCUUUAAUGCACUCAAUGCUUCAACUCACAUCAGAUAUUCCAGGCACUUCUAAGCUUCCAAGUACUUAUUUAUGUAACUCAUAAAGCAGAAUACCUCCCCCUUCUCCCGUCCUUCCAAGCCUUUUCUAUUCCUAUUUACACUUUGAAGUCCUAUUCAAACAAGAACUCUGCCAUGAAGUCUUCUUGGAUUUUUUUCAAUAGCUUAUCUAUAACUCUAUUCUAGUGUAUUUAUCACUCCAUCUUAUUUUAUAAUCAGAGACAGUUGUUCAAGUAACUCUUCUAACUCUCUUUCCACUGAGUCUGAUCAUUCUGGUUUUAAGGACAGCUACCAUCCUGUCCCCAGCACCUUCCACAGAGCAGCUUGAUAAAUACUGGUUGACUUGAAAAGAUGAGCCAUGGCACAUCCUUUCAGCACCUCGGGAGGUGCCGGUGUCUUCAGUCGUGGCACCGGUGUAUGCUGACACUGCUGCUUCCAGUAGUUCUUUUGUCCUCUUCCCUUUGUCACCCCUACACCUUGGAGGUGAACUUCUCUCCUGAGGGCUGUAAAGACUAGUUUGAAAAGGGAGAGCCAAGAACCAACUGAAUCGUCUCAGAAUGGAAACACUGUAUUAUUUCAGAGGAGUUAAUUUCAGAAGGAAAAUGGGUCAAGCUUGAAAAAACAACAUACAUGGCUCCUAUUGGUAGAACUGGAAUUUGGGACUCAGUGAAACAUACAACCAGGAAAGAACAGACUGGUGAUGAUGUAGCGGUCAUCCCUGUGCUGCAGAGAACGCUUCACUACGAGUGUAUCGUUCUGGUGAAACAGUCCUGACCACCAAUGGGUGGCUACUGCAUAGAGUUCCCUGCAGGUCUCAUAGAUGAUGGUGAAACCCCAGGAGCAGCUGCUCUUUGGGAGCUUGAGGAAGAAACUGGCUACAAAGGGGACGCUGCCGAGUGUUCUCCAGCGGUCUGUAUGGACCCAGGUUUGUCAAAUUGUACCACACACAUCGUGACAGUAAUCAUUAACAGAGAUGACGCAGAAAAUGUAAGGCCCAAGCCAAAGCCAGGGGAUGGAAAAUUUGUGGAAGUCAUUUCGUUACCCAAGAAUGACCUGCUGCAGAGACUCGAUGCUCUCGUACCUGAAAAACAUCUUACAGUGGAUGUCAGAGUCUAUUCCCAUGCUCUAGCACUGAAACAUGCAAAUGCGAAGCCAUCUGAAGUGCCCGUCCUGAAAUUUUAAGGCCAAAGACGACACUGGCCAUUUUUGUAAACGAGACUAACAGGCCUUCUUCACAAAGACUUUGUAUUCAACUUAGUUUAAUGUAGAUUUGAAUUAGCUUUUUCGUAAAAUAAAAGCAGCACAAAAUGCAAAAAAAAAAAAAAAAAAGAAAAAAAAGAAAAGAUGAGCCAUAUUACGCUUUUCAACUCAGCUUUACCCCACUGCCUUGCCCUCAAAACACAGAAUGACCAUACUCCAUGGAAAAACACACAACGUAAAAUAAAAAUCUUAGUAACUAAAAGCAUUUGCAUGAAGGAAGUUAAAACAUGCAAACCUCAGAAGAAAUCACCAUGGGUUCUUCAAAAGCUGGCAAAUCCACUGAAAUACAGGCCAGUCUUCCAACAGUACCAGCUACUAUAAGGCCACUAUGAUUUGCCCAGGCAGUUAAGACCAGAAGGAGCUUCACGUAGCCACUUUAGCGGAGUAAAGCAAAACUCACCACAUCAUGACAAUCAGUUAUUUCCACAGUGAGCCAUCCUUUGUAAUAGGUUUAGCCCUUUUUCUCUUAGGUAGAAAAUAUUUUUACUUUUAAAAUGUGUUUUAAUUGUAAUGAUCACGAUGUCAAAAUUUAAAUCAUAAAUCUCCUGAAUCUUUCUAAAACAAAUGAAGAAAAGAACAACUUAAGCCUAAGAUUACUCUUUAGACCAAGUCAUCUUUAACAGACGCAAAAGUCAGUCAGAAUGAACAGGUUAAAAAAAAAAAAAAAAAAAAAA